AUGGCCAUGGCGGCGGCGGCGGCGGCGGCGGGGGAGGGGGAGAGGGUGAAGCGGCGGAGAACGGCGGCGGCGGCGGUGGCGGCGGCGGAGAUCCCGGUAACGUAUAUCCAGCUACGGAGCCGGAGCGUGAUGAUGAAGCCGCGCCCGGCGAGAUCGGCGGCGAAUCCGGGCGCGCGCCGCGCGAGCGCCGAGCUCGCCCGGAUCCCGCGGUGCUCGAGCAAUGCCUCGUGCGAGGCGGCGCCAGAGGACGCGGCGUCGCGAUCGAGCGGUCCCGAGCUCGACGAGGAGCCCAAUUCCGUGGCGUUCUCCCACGACGAAGGCAUCAGAGAUAGUGAUCUCGAAUCAACGGCCGGGAGAGAAUCGAAGCGGAGAUCAACGGCCCUUACGCCGUCCGAAGCCGAGAUCGAGCACUUCUUCGCCGCGCACGAACGAGCCGAGCGAAAGCGCUUCGCCACCAAGUACAACUACAACAUCAUCACCGAUGCGCCGUUGAAGGGACGCUACGAGUGGGUUCGAUUAAAGCCAUGAAAAAAAAAAAAAACAAAGGAAAAAGAAAAAAAAAAGAAGGUAAAAUUAAACAUCGAACUCGUUUUAAUUAGUUUUUGUUUUUUUUAUUUUAUUUUAUUUUAUUUUUGUUUCCGGGGUUUUAAUGUACAACCUUGAUCUUCUUCUUUUGUUACUACUACUACUACUUGCAUUCUCCGUACGAUAUUUUUAUCAGAGAAGGUUCCUCUCCCUAACUUCUAGCUAACUAGUGCACGCUCUUCAAUAAAACGACUCCGUCCUAUUUUCGCCCAUUUCUUUUAA